UUACCCUAAAUAAUUAUUGUUCAUAGAUUUACCCAAAAAAUGUAAAAAGAAAAAAAGGCUCCUCAGCGGCCGUUAUACGUUUUCAAAUAUGUCUAGCCGCGCCAUAAAGAAUCUUGAAUUUUGUAUUUCUUGACGAACAUUUUGUAUUUCUAUCUUUGCUUCAUUAAAGGAUUGAAGUUGUCGUUUUAGAUUUGAAUUUGUGGGUUUUCCUUAAAGGGUCUGCACUGAGAAUCCUGACGAUUGAAUUUGCCAUUUGUUCACUCUUUGAGAGUAGAUGAAUAGUGUGUCAUAGAUCUGAUUCAAAGGGCAGAAAGGGGUUUAACAGAAGUUGGAGAGAUCGGUACUUUCUACCAAGAGAGUGAAAAUGCGGGGUCUUGAAUCAAUUUCAUGGGCGGGAGCUGAAGCAGGAAGAGGAGGAAGCAAUACGGCACAGAAAGUGGUUAACUCUGCACCAAGAGCACUUGAUCCAAAUGCCAAUGUAGAUGCUGCUAGCAAUGUGGUUGGUGGCAGUACUCCUGGGUAUAUCAAGGAACCAAACAAAUUGCCCUCACCUGGGAAUGAACAGAAAUCCAGAGGACUGGGUAUAGACCUAAAUGCUGAAGAUAUUUCUAGCUCAAUCAACCAUGACCUUUUCUAUCCUUAUAAAAACUACGAAAAUUUAAAAUCAAGGGACCAUUCUGAUUGUGCAAGUUCUGUUGGUCCGUUGGAGGAAGAAGAUCCAAUGAGAGUUUGGAACAAGAUGAAACAAAACAAUUAUCUUUCUACUUCUUAUGCAGCAGUGCCAAUUCCAAAACCACGUGAGAGGAAGAGUAAAAGUGAAAUUAUUAAGAGAAAGAUAGAGCUUGCAAGGAAAGAACAGGCUGAUAAGUUUGCAAGAAUUGCAGCUCCAAGUGGGUUGCUUAAUGGAUUAAACCCUGGAAUUAUAAACCAUGUGAGAAACAGUAAACAGGUUCACUCUAUUAUAGAAGCCAUGGUGAAGUCUGCAAAAACUGAUGAUCAGCAUGCUGGAAGCAAGCAGGCUAACCAAAGAAAGGGUGGCACAAAAGAAUCUAGUGAAAGAAAGAACCUGGAACACAUGAACAGUGCAGGAGUGAAUAGUUAUGAACUUAAUCAUGAAGAUAAUUUUUUGGGAAGAUGUCAGAUGAGCGGCGAUCCAUCAUUGAGCAAAUCAGUUUCUUUGAACUCCUAUCUUUCCAGAGGAGAUGGAAAGUCAUACAAAGCAGAGACAAGGAUCUCUGGUCAGGUGCCUUCACAGUACAACCAAGAAAAUGAUAAUGGACUUGCACUAAAGCUUUCAUCAUCACUAACCACCGCAUCAGAGAAUACUUGCUCUUUGUCAAAUGAGGAGUCAGCAAACUUUUCUAGUGUUACUUCACUUUCUGUUAAAGCUGCUAACACAGCUUCCCAAUGGUUGGAACUUCUUAGUCAAGAUAUCAAAGGGCGUCUUGCAGCUCUACGACGUAGUAAGAAGAGAGUCCGUGCUGUAGUUUACACAGAAUUACCUCUCCUAGUGUCAAGAGAAUUCACAUCUAACCACAAGACUGAUAUGCACAUAACAAAAAAUUCUAUUGUUUGGCAUCCUGACAAAGCAACUGCUGAUGCGCACUUUGUUAGAUGGAGCACACUGUUUGGUCAGAUGGAUAAAACACUUUGUGAAGAAGAGAAUCUUCUGGAAAGUUGGCUGAAACAAGUAAAGGAAAUGCAGUUGCAUUGUGAAAGGGGUCUUUACAAACGUAGUGGGCUGCCCCGUACUUUGCAGCAGACUGGUUCUAUAGGAAAUGACUGCAGAUUAGGGGAAGCUGAUAACUCAGAAAGGGGCUUAGCUGUUGGGGCUGCUGCUGCUUCCAUAUAUUCAACUUGCAACUUCUUGUUGUCGUUGGAAAAUCAACCAUGUCCCUAAUCAUUAACCAUUUUAACAACAUUAUACCAAGGUAUUUGGUGUAGUUUUAGCAUUAGACUAAUUCUUGAUUUUUUGCUCUCAUAUUGUAAGUUCACCUGUUUAGAUCAUUAAGUUUUGGAUGUUAUUUCUCUCUUUUGUUUAGGCAUAAUGGCUGACAUGAAGGAGUACUUGUUUCUUGAAAAUUUAAUGCGAAUGAAUAACUGGA